AUGCAUACUUUAUUUCACAAUGCUCUUCUCGCCGUCGCCUUUCUUCUCGUCUAUCUUGUCUACAAACUUGUAAUUGCCCCGCAUUUUGACCCGUUGCGUUCCAUUGCAGGACCAAAGGUUCGCCAUUGGUUCGCAAACAAUCUCCACGCCGUUCUUGAGUACGCCCAACCCACCUUAUUAGUUCUUCUAACCGUCAUACACCUUGUAGCCCCUCAAUUUCUCCCAAAGUGCAUCAAGUUUAUAUCAAGCGUUACGGUCGAUCCAUUCGCAUACGAGGCCUUGGUCCAGUACGCCCAUUCCACUCUUUCUCUGGACCAUUUGCUAACUCCAAAACAGUGGGAUGAAAGACUCCUCACUCUUGACCCGCUUUCGGUCGCCCACGUUCUCAAAAACUCAACGAUAUAUGAAAAACCAUGGCAAUCCCGCAAACUAAUCACCAGCCUCAUUGGUUGUGGAAUGCUCGGAGCGGAAGGCCAAGUCCACAAGCGCCACCGCCGUGUUGCCACUCCGGCGUUUUCAAUCCAAAACUUGCGCGCACUUGUGCCGCUCGUUUUUCAGAAAGGAACUCAACUCAAGGACAGGUGGAUGGAGAUGGCCAUUCAAGCUGAGGAGUCCUCGCAAAAUUCUGAAAUCAAAGUAGACGUUUGCCAUUGGAUCAACAGAGCAACAUUUGAUGUCAUCGGCCUUGCAGGGUUCGAUUAUAACUUCAAUGCUAUACAGGAUGAAUCUAAUGAACUAUUCCGGGCGUAUAAGGACAUGUUUGAAGUGGCUAUCUCGCAAGGCCGAUUACUGAGGACUAUCAUUAGCAUUUAUGCACCUUUCAUGAAUCAAAUAUUCGUGAUUAACCGGUGUCAAGAGGCCAUCACUCGCGUUGCAGGACAUUUGAUUCAAGAGAAGAAGCGAAAAAUUGAGGAGGGUGUCAAGUCCGGAAUUGAAUACGCAGGGAAAGAUUUGCUGAGUUUACUAAUAAAAGCGAAUAUGGCAAAAGACCUUCCCCCAGAUCACCGCAUAUCAGAUGAAGACAUGCUUAACAAUAUUAAUACCUUCAUGUUCGCCGGCUCUGAUACCUCCUCUCUCACUCUCACCUGGACUCUUCUGCUGCUCGCUCAACAUCCUGCAGCCCAAGACCGCCUGCGUGCCGAACUUUUAAAUAUUGCUCCCAUCUCAAAUUUCUCUGAUCUGACCGAAGAAGAGGUUCAAUCGGUCUACGCAAAGGUUUCCGACUCACCAUAUCUCGAUAACGUUAUUAGGGAAUCUAUCCGCGUAAUACCGGCUUUACACUCUUCUAUCAGAGUUGCAACUCAGGACGACGAAAUCCCAACAAUGUAUCCAGUACAUAGCCACGACGGUAAUGUCAUCGAAGACCGAAGAACUGUGUCCAUAUCAAAGGGUAGUUUUGUUCAUGUAGCCGUUGAGGGAUUCAAUUUAGACCAAGAGUUUUGGGGUGAAGAUGCAUGGGAGUUCAAUCCAGACAGGUGGGAUAACCUACCAGAGGGCGCACUCGGCCUUCCUGGGCUGUACAACCACACCCUUACUUUUUCCGCUGGACCUCGGUCGUGUAUCGGCAUGCGGUUUUCCAUGAUUGAAAUGAAGACGUUCCUCUAUAUUCUCCUUACUCAAUUUGUUUUCAAACCAUCCAGCGAAAAGAUCAUUAAAGCUAACGUGUACGUCUGA